CCUUUGGGUGCUUUGAGGAUUCGUUUUGCCCAGGUGCUGCGUAAUGUAUCCAAUUUGAAAUGUAGAGAAGUUCCAACAUGGCAGCUCCCAUGGAUGACCAAAAUUUUGUUGAAAAUCAGGUUAUUUUCUUCUGUAACUCUGAAUUUGGAGAAGAUGUAAAAUCCCUAGGAAAAGUUCGGAAUUUCUACACUAAAGCUCUAGCCACAAAAAAGUCAUUGGAAGAUCAGCUAUCAUUUGUGCAAACUGAAGCUCCUACGAAGCUUAACAAAGCCGUGAGAGAAGCAGAAGAAGCGACCACAAGAAUAUCUCAACUCUCGAAAGAGCAGGAUGUCAUCAGUGUUAAAGUUAAUGAAAAGGUUGAAGAAAUUGAACCUGUUGUGAAGAGGAUAACCCAUCUUACAAGUCAGAUCAAUGAACUUGAACAUUACACAAAUUAUCUGACAUGUCUUUCAAAAGUAGAAGAACUAAGUUCUGAGAUCCAGUCUGCGUUGAUCAUAAACUCAGUACAGAGGUCUGUGGAUCACUUUUCUGAAAUGGUGGAUCUGAUGACAUCACUCAAUGACUCAAAAUGUGCAAACCUGAAAUCAUUUCUUCGUGAGACAGUACUUUUCUGGUACAAGAUAUUGAGGGAUAAACUUUCAGGGGAAUUUGACGAAGUUCUGAAAGCGCUGAAUUGGCCAUUCAUUGUUACAACAGUGAAAUCUCUUCAACAGAAGGAAAGUCCAGAACAACUGAAUGUCAAGUUAGAGACUCUGCUCAUCCAGCUGCUGGAGAUUCAGCUCCCAUUUGAAGUCUGUCCCGAGCCUCGCCCUCAACAUCCGACCCUUGCGUCACUUCCUGAUUGGAGGCCCCUCCCACUUCCGAUGAGCAUCAUGGUCAAACCAAUCAAGAAAAGAUUCCGAUUCCACUUCUACGGAAAGAAACAAACAAAUAGCAUUGACAAGCCAGAGUGGUUUUUCACUCAAGUGUUGUCAUGGAUACGAGACCACACAGAUUUCCUGGUGAAGAAGAUUCAGCCAGUUCUUGACAGGUCCAAUUACACACACAUUGAUGCCAAGAGCGAAUUCUCUCGGGCCAUGGUAAUGCUAGUAAUGGAGAAACUCGUAACAGACAUUCCAGAAUUGAUGUUCGAUGAACACCAGUUUUCACAUAUGGUCGACGAGGCUUUAUUGUUUGAUCAAGAAUUACGUGGUAGCUAUGGUUACCCCUCUGCCUUCCCAGGAUGCCUUCAUGUACUCACAGAGGAGGAGCCAUUUAAGAAGUGGAUUCUUGUAGAAAGGAAGUUUGCUUUAGAGAAAGUAGAUAUGAUGUUGACAUCGAACACAGCCUGGGAAUUUCAAUACAAGGAGGUGUCCGAUGUUGAUGACAUGAAGGUGCCGGAGUGUGGUGAAAGCUUUGUUACACUUGCACAUACAAUCACAGAUCGCUACAAGCCACUACCCUACCCUCAUCAUAAGCUGCGGUUUCUUGAUGUCCAGCUGGAGCUUUUUGAUGAUUUCAGGAUAAGACUGUUGCAAGUUAUGAAAGAAGAGGCGCAUAAUCCACUAGGAGAGCGCUUUUGUGCAAUAUUGAACACAGUUCAUUACAUAGCUGAGGUGCUAACUGAGUGGAGUGAUUUACUGUUUUUCCUGCAGCUUCAAUAUCACAAGACAGAAGAGAAGAAACUGCAUAGCAAUCAUGAUGACUCCAUUGCAACGAGUACUCCAGUGCCAUCUAUAUCCAGCCCAACAAUGCCAAGAUUGAGGUCUUCAAUAAGUAUAACUGAGAGCCUUCGAUUAGACUCGCCAAACGCCAGCAUGGAGAUUGACGACCCUGAUGAUGUCAUAGGGAGCAUAGAAGAAAGCGUUUUCGAUGAUAUAUUGAAAUUAUUUCAAAGAAUGAAAGAUGAGAUGUUGGCCAACUUGAUAGAUUAUAUUUCCACAGAUGUAAAGUCUAGAUCAAAGCCCUACAGAAAGGACAGAUGGAGCGUAAUUCCCCCUUCUAAAGAAUUCAGUUCGCUCGGUCUUUCAAACUCUGCGUGUGAGAUGUUCCUCAUUCUGAAAGAGAGGCUCCAUGACGUCAAAUUAUUGCUGAGUAAGCCUGUAUUCACAACAGUCUGGCAGACGAUAGCGGAAGAUCUCAAUCAGUUCUUAUAUCAAAAGCUAAUCCUUACGAACCAGUUCAGUGAGGGAGGCGGAGACCAAUUACAUUACGAUAUGACGAGGAAUCUGUUUCCACUGUUUGGUGAAUAUACUCCUAAACCAGAAAACUAUUUUAAAGACGUGAAAGAAGCAUGCAUUGUUCUCACAAUGAAAGUAGGCUCUGCUCUACUGUUGAAGGACGUUCUCUAUAGGGCUCUACACGACCCACACGUGGACCAUAAAGCAAAGGAAAUGGACCCUAUAAAAGCAUUACAUGAACUAGCCAUAUAUAAACUAUCAUUAGAUGAUGUUGAACUUUUGUUAAGUCUCAGGAUUAACAUGACACCAACCUGAUGAUCAUUAGUGAAGAUGGACCCCUUUGAAACAUGUAGAGAAUGUGUCAUAUUGGAAGUUGAACUAAUGCCUCAGUGAAGAGACCCCUUAGAAACAUGUAGAGAAUGUGGAUUGGAAGUUGAACUCAUGCCUCAGUCACACUUGAUCUACGGCAGUUCUAUGGCAGCCAUAGCAUCUGAAAAUCAAUAGGAAGAUGCAGCAUAAAUUAUGGGGAUAAGCAGUAGGAUGUAGAUUUUUUUUAUUGAUUUAGUGAAGCUACAGUACGACCACCAUAGAGCAAAUGUAACUGAGGCUUAAAUGAAUACUGAUUGGA